AUGUAGCGCUCACUGUUAAAAGAAUUGCAUAAAAUUCCGGAUUUCUUCGACAGAUUGAUGUUAAAAGCUUGAUUUAAACCACACAAAAUGCUAAACAAAACUGCUCUAAUUGGUGCCAUGGUGCGGAGGACCUUCGGCACCAGCCAGAUAAUGCGGGAGACGAUCAAGAACCACGAGCCCAACAACCUGGAGCGAAAAAUGUUGGUCUGGACCGGUAAAUACAAGUCGGCGGCCGAAGUUCCCAAUUUUGUUAGUCAGGAUGUCAUGGAGCGCUGCCGCAACAAAAUGCGCAUCCGACUGGCCAACAUAAUGAUCGCACUCACGGCUGUCGGCUGCGCCAUAAUGGUAUACAGUGGAAAGCAGGCCGCCAAACGAGGGGAUUCCGUUACCAAGAUGAACCUGGAGUGGCACAAGCAGUUUAAGGACCAGGGCAGCGAAGGAACUGCCCCGGCCGCCAAGUAGAACCCACACCAAAGACGCACCACUCGCCCAGAAAUCUUACAAUUGGCCUUGUUUUCAUUUUAAAUUUCGAUAAAACAACAUUUUGUUUCAUUAGAUUACUGAAUAGAUCCUGCGUUCUCUUUAGUUCCUCAAAAGAUUUUUGCGAAUUCCGCCUGUAAAGCCUUUUCAGAUACGAAAUUAUUGGAUGUAUUUUGUGCCGUAGUUUUAUAUGCUUUUGCUUGUUUAUUAAUUUUUGAAUAUUUUUUGCCCUAACACCCAUAAAAUGGCUAAUAUUACUUGAAAUUAAAAACGGUAGCAGGCCGAACCCUUAGUAACGCUUUGGAUUAGAAAUCACUUUCCUCCUAGCAUUCGCACAUGGUAGAUUGAUAUUCAGUGAUAUUUGCAAACUUAAAGUUAGUUGUAUUAUAAAAUUGAAUAAAUAUUUUAGCCCUAUAA